UAACUGCAAUACUCGUACUUCUACGUACUAAUUUAUAAUAAACUUUUAAUUUUUGAGUAGGGUGUCCGCGUUUGCCUUUUUAUUCCUUAUUAUUGGGGUAGUUGUUGCUAAUCGAAGUACGACGGAAUCGAUUAAUUAAUCGUGAAAGCUUAUAAGGAGUUUUGUUUGGUACAUGGUGCCGUCACUGCUUAACCAAGGAAUUUCGGCCUGAUAAUAGCGUAACCGCCCACCAUUAUUGCACUGGCACCGACAAAAGCCACGCAACAUUGAUCGCGACGGGGACUUCCAACAUCGGUCAGAUUCCUUGCUACUAAAAGAUUAAUUUUCCGCAAACAAGGCAGCGCUGGAGCCGAACAUGUCAUCCCCGAUGAAAGAAGAAGCCCCCAGAGGCACCCCGAUUCCGGGAGCGGCGGAGGUGCCGUCCGGCAAUGCUGACCAAUGGAACAGGGCGCAGGACGCCUGUAUCAAGAGGAUGGAGCAGCUGGACUUGCAGGAUGCCGGAGAGGGUGGCCAUGCUGGUCCGCAUCCGACCAGCCUGGGGCACGGCGGCCAGGUCCCGGGCGGCGCCAGCAGUGCGCAGCAGAAUGUCCAAGGGCAAGGCUACGGGCCGGUUCAGCCGCAAGCGCCCGGACAGGCGCUGGCAGAUUUCGAAGCGAUGCUCCGGAGGCCUGCUCUGCCGUCGACGAAGCUGGUGCCGUACCAGCAGCUGGUGGAGGCGCUGCAGAGCCCGCCCAGUCCGGACCAGCAGCAGCGGGUGCGCAGUCUCAUGCAGAGCAAUCCCGAGCUCAUCACCGGCUUCCUCAAGAUGGCCCGGACGGAGGACCGCGCCCGGAGGGGAGGGCCGGCACCAUUGUAGCCCAUGUAUACUGCCCAUGUGCCAAUAAUACUAUCUAACACACAUUUGUAUCAUGUUCUACAUUGGCUGCAUAUUGUAUACGUUGUACACGCCGGCGUUGCAUAUUGUAUCCGUAAUGCUAAUAUAGAUAUCUAUAGACUAAUACUGUAGUUGCGCUAUCAGCAGGCUACAGUAUAUUCUUAUGAUAUUUUCACGAGCUAAUUUGUAUCGAACUGCUGCAAACGAGCGAUCGUAUAUGGGUGGCAUGUUGAUAUCAUUGGUAUUAAAAAA